UCUUCCCCGGUCAAGAAGAUAGGCACAGGUGCUCUCCCCUGCUGUCAGUCAUCGCGCCUCCCUGCCCUUCCCUCGUUUCCUCCAGCGGCCGGCGAGACUCGCCCCUGCCUUCCGGCCUCCACCACCUCGGCUUCCCAAUCCGGCAAGGCAAUCAAGCCCCCCCACAUCCACCUGACCGCCCCUCCUCGCCCCGGACUCCGCAAGGGAGAUCGAACUCGGAUUCCGCCCCUCUCUCCCGCCCUCGCAAUGCCGGGCCUCGCCGCGGAGCAGGACGCCGUCUCGAUGGUGCGCCGCAUCGCCCGCGCCCUCAACCGCCGCGUCACCGACAUCGUGGCCCUGCUCUUCAACCACAAGAGCGCUGGAUCGCUCGGCGCCGUCGCGGGGUUCGCCAUCGCCGUCGUGUUCGCGUGGAGGUUCCUGCGCCCCUCGCAGGGCCGCCCCCGCAGGCCUGCUCCCAAGCGACCCUCGGCUACACCUGCAGGGACUCCCGAUUCGGUUGUUUCUGAUGCGGCCGAGCCUGUCGGUGACUCAGGCAAGCUGGUAACGCGGCAAAUUGUGGCGAAACGACUGAGUGGGUGCAGAAAGGUUACCUGCCAACUUCUAGGUGUUGUUUUUGAGGAGAAGACUCCUGAGGAGCUUCAGAAACAUGCCACAGUUAGACCUUCAGUGGUUGAGCUACUUCUGGAGAUAUCCAGACAUUGUGAUCUCUACCUGAUGGAGACUGUACUUGAUGACAAGAGCGAGGAGAAUGCUCUCAUGGCACUGGAGAGUGCUGGACUUUUCAGGACAGGUGGCUUGAUGAAAGAGAAGGUGCUCUUUUGCAGCACUGAAGUUGGAAGAACUUCAUUUGUGCGACAAUUGGAGGCAGAUUUUCACAUUGAUACGAGCCUUGAUAUAGUUUCUCAACUAUCGCGGUUCAUCCGGUGUCAACUAUUUAUUUCCUCGAUGGAAGGAGGACAGCUUGCAGCCAACAUAUUCAAUUCUCCAAACCUUGAGCAGUUCUUCUCUUGAAGCCAGGCCACAAACAAAGGAUUCUCCGUGCCAUAAAUGUGCUGUUUUAGCAUAAGAUUAUUUGAAGCUGUUUGGCGUCAUGCAAGUUUAUGACGCCAAUUUGGCAGUAAAGCCUUCCAAUUAGAUAUCAAAUCAGGCAGGCAUCUAGUGGAUCUCAUGUUGCGUGGCAAGUGGUGUCUGUUCUUUCAAUUGGUUCACAGUUGAGCGUGCUGUAUAUAAUGAGAAUGCUAAGUUGAUCCGCCUUACUGAUACUGUAAAAUGAAUAAUACAGGAGUCAUCUUCUUUGCUAUAACCAGCCAUCAUUGGUAUCUGUA